AUAAAAGGGGGUCAGAUUAGGACAGGAGGAAUUGGGGAGAAGGCUGUGAAGGACUCAGCUUGCAACACCAUGAAGAGCUUCCCCACGGCUCCCUCUAUUCUCCUAGUUUUUGUCUUGAGUGUCUACCUCGGAGCUGCCAUACGUGGCAGUGAUGUGGCCAAAUACUGCUGCUUACAAUUCAGCCAAAAGAUUCUUUCUUGGAACUUCGUGAAAAGCUAUGAAUUUACUAGGAAUAGCUGCUCCGAGCCGGCUGUGAUAUUCACUACCAAAAGAGGCAAGAAAGUCUGCGUACAGCCAAAGGAAAAAUGGGUGCAAAGAUAUAUUUCUUUACUGAAAGCUCAACCAAAAUUGUGACUGCUGACUCUUCAGCCCAAGGACACCUGGACACUGCUCUUGGCCCUGCUGUCCUUGGUAGAGCCUGGAGAAUUUCUUCAACAGAAAUCUCUGUGGGCCUGGGGGGAAGGAAAAGGUGUUUUC